GAACUUAAAGCACACAGAUUUCCUUUUUGCUUAAGCAUUUCAGCUGCUUCAAUUAGUUUAGUAUUUUAUAAAGUCGGCGUUUCAAUUAUUAUUAUUUAUAUAUUAGAUAGUAAAGAAGUAGCUAUAUAUCAUCUUCACAGGUAGUAGGAAAGUAGCAAAAAUAUAAUGGAGUUCAAUAAAGAAAAUGACGUUGAAAAGCAACAAGACUUGUCUCAAGAUGAAGGUGAAGAUGAAAUCAAUUUAGCAACGGAGAAUGGUAACUAUACGGAUGAAAUGCUUAACUAUUAUCAUUCCUUACACAAUGUGAGAGAAUCCAAUAGCAGGAAUACCACAAGAUGGCGCAGAGAACGAGUCGAUAAAAGAAUUAAAGCAUUGCGAGAACUGAUUCCUGGCUGUGACAAGGUUGACCAAGCGUCCAUACUAGAUGAUGCCAUUAAGUACAUUCAAGCUCUACAGCAACUUCAUCAAAUAACAUCAAUGAGGAUGGGCUUAAUGCCCCAAGAAGCAUAUAUGAGUCAAGCUGGGAUGAUGCAAAUGCCUCGAAUGGAGCCAACAAAUGGAAUUAUGGCUAAUCAAACUGUAAUUCCUCCAUUUGCCCUGCCUACCUCUAAUUCAUCAUUACAAAUGGUGCCUCAGUUUCAAGCCCCAGUCUGUCCUCAGUUUUUGCAAUCAACAGCUUGUACCAUGCCCUUAUCACCUUCAUUUUUCACUACACCAUCCCGCACCAUGACUCAGGGAUGUACAGCUAGCAAUCCGAGGGGUGAGCUUCUACGAGAAUACGAGGAAGCCAUUGAUUAUAAUAAUUCUGGCCAAGGGGUACAAGGCGAAAGCUCAAAUUCUGCCUUUGAUUCGACAACAGAAAAGUCAUAAGAUUUUUGUCACUGCUCGUCAAGUUGUCACCACAUAAAAGUUUUGUGUGGUAAGGACUUAGUGACCUCAUAGGAAUAAAUAUGCCUUAUCCUUUUAUUGGAAGAGAAAUUUUGCACUUUUAUAAAUUGAGGUUUCCUUCUCACGCAGCAGCAAUAACAACAAAAAAACCUUUCACAUUAGUGACAGAUCAUAUGUAGGUUAAUUGACCAAACUAUAAUAAAAUAUUAAGUCUAGUUUAGUAUUUUUUUCUUUUAUAUUCUAAUUUAUCGUCCAUCAAAAUUUACAUUGUAAGCUUUCGCAUGCACUAUACUAUUUCGAUCCCAAUAUUGUGACAGUAUUUCCAAGUUUUGUGGGCAAAUGGCUCAUUUGGCCAAGUGUCCUUGCAAGAAGAAAGAGUGGCAAUGGGAAGAAGAUGUCUGGCAAAAUGCAUGAUAUUAGUUUGACAACAAAGCGACAAACCAAGAAGAUGUCUGGCCACUUAUCAUGUGAAGGCUUCACCAUAAAAAGGUUACAAUUUUGACUUCAGCAGACAAUCCAAGAGAGUUUCCUUCCAUAUAUUUUCUCCUCACGCCUGGCUUUUUCUCUGUCUCCAUUUUUUUUAUAGCUUCUUUUCUUUAUUUUUUUUUUUCCAAACUUGCUGGAUUUAUAAUUUAGAUUUUGUUGAUUCUUGUAUUCUCUAAAAAUUGAGGCAGUCUUGUAUAAUCUUGGGGGAGAUAUUUUAAACAGUUGAAAUAAUUCUUAACA